CCUCACUUUCUCACAUCUACCAAAGAAAGACUAUGGCUGCUCGCGGACUGGACCACGACCUGAAGGUCAAGCGCGAGGCCAACUACGACAAGGAUCUCGAGGCCCGCUGCCGGACUUGGGUGGAGGCAGUGACUGGUACUACUCUUGCUGAUGACUGGAACGAGGCGCUGAAGGACGGAACCGUCCUCUGCAGCGUCAUCAACACUAUUCAGCCAGGCACCAUCAAGAAGGUCAACAACUCGUCGAUGGCGUUCCGGCAGAUGGAGAACAUCGGGUUCUUCCUCGAGGCCGCCGCCUCCUUUGGUGUUGCGUCGACCUCGCUCUUCCAGACCGUCGACCUGUACGAGGCCAACAACAUGGGCCAGGUCAACGUCUGCAUCCAGGCCACCUCGCGGGCAGCGACCGAGAACCUGGGCUACACUGGCCCGGCUAUCGAGGUCAACCGCCCGGCCGCCAUGUAGAGCCAUCCCUCGUUCUCGUUUAGCCCUGAGCGGUACGUUCUUUCGGACGCGUUGUCGUGCGCCUCAAAGUGAACAGCACAAAACAAAACAUGACCGAGUCCUC